ACGGCUUCAGUAAUCGAGCGAGAUAUCGUCAAAAAACACCAAAGGGCUUCAAAAUGAACAGAAAAGACAUUAUUGCCAAAGAUCUCCACCUGAUGCCUCUAUCUGACGAAGGUGGUUACUUCUCAGAGACUUAUCGUUCACAAGAGAAAGUCGAAUCUGAACGCGAAGGCAGUUCAAGAAGUUUGCUUACCAUCAUAUACUAUUUGAUGUCCCACGACAUGGGAGGUCGUAACUACCUUCACUCGAAUAAAAGCGAUAUAGUUCACUUUUUCCAUGAUGGAUGGCCAGUACAGUACAUCACUGUUUCUCCAGAAGGGAAAUAUGAAGAGUUUAUAGUUGGAAAAGACGUGUCGAAGGGUCAAGUUCCUCAGUUAACUGUGAAAGGUGGUUAUUUCAAGGCUGCUCGUGUGAUGAACGAGCUAAAAGAAUAUGAAACCUUCCCUGGGGAAGUACCAUUCACGUUGAUAUCCGAGGCUGUCGCACCGGGAUUUGAUUACCGAGAUCGUUUUGUUCCUGGAUUGGAAGAAGUGAAGAAAUUACAUCCUAAUUUACUGCAAAAGAUGGAAGAACAUAUUGCUCCAGACAAGAAAUAAAAUUUCCAUCAUGCUAUGUACUUGACAUUAUCCCAGCCCCCACCCCCCCCCCCCGUCAUAAUCUAGUAGACCCUCAUAUUUCCUUAAUUUAGGAUAAUUCGUUAAAUAUAUUGUUUAAAUUAAUAGUAGCUUUCAGUAUUUUCCAGUAGAAAUAGAAAAACAAAUUCAGGCCAUGCACAUGCAUUCUUGUACCUGUACCCUGUGUAGUUUUUUUUAUUCUUUUUUCUUCUUUGACCCUAAAUGGAAAUUUUGACAGCCAAUAGAAAGCUUUAGCUCCUUUGGCUGUCGUACAAUUACACCUAUUACAUGCCUAAUUAUGGUAAAAAUUCUAAAUAUUAUUUAAAAUAUAUUUUCUUGUAAUUCUAUUUCAUAAAAUUUGAAAAAAAAAGUGUAAAUAAACUGAAAUUGAAUUGAA